GGUCAUUUCCGGUUUCACUUUGUUCUUUCACAACUAUGUUGCUGUUUUGCCCAACAUGUGCGAAUAUUCUGGUGGUUGAGGAAGGCCAGAACUGCUACAGAUUUGCAUGCAACACAUGCCCUUAUAUACAAAAUAUUAACAGAAAGAUAGGUAAUAGAAAAUAUCCCAAAUUAAAAGAAGUGGAUGAUGUAUUGGGUGGAUCAUCAGCCUGGGAGAAUGUGGAUUCUACAGAUGUAACAUGUCCAAAAUGUGAAAACAAGAGAGCCUUCUUCAUGCAGAUACAGACGAGAUCAGCUGAUGAACCAAUGACUACAUUCUAUAAGUGUUGUAGUAUGGCAUGUUCACAUCAAUGGAGAGACUGAACUUAUGUUUAUUUUAGAAGAUCUAAUUCAGGAUGUUUGAAAAAUUAGCAACUUAACAAAAAGUUAAACAAAAUGGCUAAUUUACAUGUAGCUGAAGAUAGACAUGUAGAGCACAGUAUUUUCAAGGGAAUAUAGAAUGAGACGUCUGUUGAUGAUUAUGUAUAAAUAGAUAUUAUAGAUUCUGACUGUUAAUUCUAUUGUAUUUGUUAUGUUGUGAUCAGUUGAUUGUUUUUAAAGACAAUCUCCAUAACAAUUUAUUAAAAUUAUGCUGAAUAUU